UUUGGGCGACAUAACUAAAAGAAGAAUGACCAUCAUGACAAUAUUCAUGUUGUAAAACAAUAUUAUGGCUAAGAACGAAGUAUUGGAGUUGGACUUGAACCAAUAUUAUGGCGGUGGUGAUCAGAUCACGAGUAGUAGUACUACCAGCAGUACUACCUUAUCUUCAGGGCAGUCGCCGAUGACUAAAAGUCCGACGCCGUUCUUAUCGAAGACGUACAAUUUGCUGGAGGAAGGUGGAGCUGGAAUAAUUAUGUCAUCAGAUCAUGAUAGAAGUAUAAUUAAUGGAGAAUAUUAUGCAGGGAGUUAUAAGAGAUCGUCUGUGAUUUCAUGGAAUGAAGAAGGCAAUGGUUUUGUUGUAUGGUCGCCUGCGGAGUUCUCGGAGCUCUUGCUUCCCAAGUACUUCAAGCACAACAAUUUCUCCAGCUUUGUUCGCCAGCUUAAUACCUAUGGAUUCAAGAAAACGUCAUCAAAGAGAUGGGAAUUCAAGCACGACAAGUUCCAGAAGGGCUGCAAGCACAUGCUGGUGGAGAUCACACGGAAAAAAUGCGAACCGAGCGUCUUCCCGGCAUUCCGCAAGGCUUCCGAUCGAGAUAGUGCGGCGGCGACGGAGGAGAACAAUCGGUUACAACUGAUGGAGGAGAACAAGAACCUAAGGAGAGAGAAGGUGGAACUGCAGACACAAAUAGCACACUUCAAAGCCCUAGAAGUUAAGUUGUUGGAUUGUCUUUCUCACUACAUGGGUGAUCAUCACAAUAAGUUUAGGAGGUUGUGUUAGGUGCUGCUGGUCAAAACAAAAAGAACAACACACACAAAAAAAAAAAAAAAAAAAAAUUGCUGUGUGUUUUCAUUGUUU